AUGUACAUACACAUAAAUACACAUGCACAGACACAUGUACAUAUAUACACAGACACAUGUACACACAGAUACAUGUACAUACACACAAACACACACACAGACACAUGUACACACACACAAGUACAUACACGCAGACACAUGUACAGAUACACACAUGUACAUACACACAGACACAUGUACAAUUGUACAUGCAUACACAGACACACACAAAUACACACACAUGUACACACGCACUCACACGCGCACACACACACCCAUAAAAAGUUGCAGUACUUCGUUGUUCACUCACAGAGCCGGGUACUGCACUCUAGGAGGAGGCAGACCGCACAGCACACACUCCUUGCUUUGAUUUCACUGUGCUCAGCUAUUGAGCAGUCUGACGGCUCCCAGUGCCAAUGACAGAUUCGGCCUGAGCUCCAAGCCUGCUCAGCAAGACGGCCCUGGGGGACACACUCGCCCCAACCAUAAUUUCCACUCGCCAUCGGCAAGCAGGCGAGUGGAAAUUUCAAACCCUGUU